GAGGCUGUUUGCCGCCUCGGUUCCCGCGACCCCAACGUCCCGGAGGCGGGGCGGAGGCGGCGGAGGCGCUUCUUGGAGCGGACCGCUGUUCCGGCCCAACAAACAGACCCGGCUGGGCGGAGGGAGCGGAUUCUGAGCAUUUGAAAUCGAAUACAUAAUUCACCAGCUGCCAUGGAGCCUACAUCUUCUCUUGCAGGGCCCCAGAUGAGUACCAGGUUUCCUUCAAGCAGGAUGGUACCUUUCUACUUUCCUCCAUCAAAAUAUGCACUUUGGAACCCAAUCCCAAUUGGAGAUUUCAUCUACUUACACCUCAAUUACUACAGAAAUCCAAAGCUUGUAGUAACUGAAAAGACCAUCCGACUUGCUUGUCGUCAUGCUAAGCAGAAUAAAAAAAACCUGCCGUGCUUUUUACUUGGUUCUCUCAUAGUAGAUGAAGAUGAAGAAAGUGUGACAUUGACAGUUGAUCGUUUUGAUCCUGGUAGAGAAGUACCUGAAUGCUUAGAGAGAACCCCUACUGCUUCUCUUCCUGGGGACUUUGUGAUUCCAUGCAAAAUUCAUACUCAUGGACUUUGUUCAAAAGAAUUAAUAGUUCAUGAUGGAGAUGACUUCAGUUCAGCUUUUAAGGCUCUGCAGCAUCAUAUAUGUAGCAAAGAUUCCUUGGAUUGUGGUAAACUGCUUUCCCUAAGAGCUCAUAUCACUUCCAAGGAAAGUUUGGACAUUGUGGAUUUGGAUUUGCAUUGGGCAGCAGUAACUCUGGCAAACACCUUUAAGUGCACACCUGUAAAGCCCAUCCCCGUUAUUCCAACAGCUCUGGCAAGAAACUUGAGUAGUAAUCUGAAUAUUUCUCAAGUUCAAGGUACCUAUAAAUCUGGGUAUCUUACCAUGGAUGAAACACGCAAAUUGUUACUUUUGCUGGAAUCAGAUCCCAAGGUUUGUUCUCUACCAUUAGUGGGAAUUUGGCUCUCUGGAAUUAUACAUAUCUAUAGUCCUCAGGUAUGGGCUUGCUGCUUACGAUACAUGUUUAGUUCUUCUAUUCAAGAAAGGGUUUUUUCCGAAUCUGGAAAUUUCAUUAUAGUUCUAUAUUCUGUGACACAUAAGGAUCCUGAGUUUUAUGAAUGCCUCCCGUGUGAUGGCAGGUCAUCUGACCUUCAGUUCCAGCUACUAACCAGCAAGGAAACAUUACGUCUUUUCAAAAAUGUUGAACCUUCUGACAAGAAUUCACUCCAUUUUGAGCUGACUGCUGAAAGCCAAAAUGCAGAAACAGAGUUUUUCAACAAGGUUUCCAAGCAUCUUUCAAUUGAAAGGUCCUCCCAAAAGUUAUCUCCAGGAAAAAUGCCAAUAAAUGAUCGUGAUUCUGGUGUUGAAGAUGAAGAUUUUUCUCCAAGACCAAUUCCUAGUCCUCAUCCUGUGUGUCAGAAGGUUUCUAAGAUCCAGCCAUCAGUUCCUGAACUUUCCCUUGUUUUGGAUGGCAAUUUCAUAGAAUCAAAUCCUCUGCCUAAGCCAUUGGAAAUGGUGAAUAAUGAAAAUCCUUCUUUGUUGAUUAACCACUCUGAACACUUGGAGCCAUUGCAACCCCAGCUUUACGAUGACAAAAGCAACCUAGAAGCUGAAGCUGGAGAGCUUUCCUUGAAAGGGUUACCAAAUCAAUUAACCCAGAGCACUGUUCCUUUGAGACACAGCAAAGUAAGACAGCCAUCUACCUGUAAGAAUGGGAGCGCCCAUAUCAAGAACAGUAUUAAAGCAUCUUCUCUUAAUAGGCCAUCUUCUGAUUCAAAUGUACACAAAGAAGAAUAUCCUGUAAGAUCCUCCACAUUAAAUUCCAAGCAGUCUUCUCUUGCCUCAGGGUCUCACCCACACAAUUUGGUUUUUUCAUCCCAUAAUUCAGGAAGACCAAUGGAACUUCAGAUACCUACUCCACCACCGUCUUACUGUCCUAUGAAUGUUUGCAGUUGUUGUCAGCAUCAUGCCCACAUGCAGUAUAGUCCAAUAAAUUCUUGGCAAGGAGUGAAUACAGGAGAGUCUGUUCAAGACCUCCAGUCUGAAGCCAUUCACAAGCAUUCAUUAUUUCACCUAGGUGGAUGUCCAGCUCUGUACCCUAAUGCAUUCUGUUCUUCAAGUAGUCCUGUAGCCUUGAGACCUCAGGGGAACAUGGGUGGUUGCUCUCCCCUCAACAAUGUAGAACCAUCGCCUGUGGCAAGACAGCCUUCACAUGUGGGCUCCUGUAACCCACCGCCUUGUGCAGUAUGCAUGCACACACCCAGGACUGGCUCAGACAACGGAAUGAUGGGACUGUCUCCGGAUGCAUAUAGGUUCCUCACAGAACAAGACAGACAGCUGAGACUGCUUCAGGCACAGAUUCAGCGUUUGUUGGAAGCACAGUCUCUACAGCCCUGUUCCCCUAAGACAACCUCUGCUGAAGACACGGUGCAAGCUGCAAGACAGAUGGAGCUGGUUUCCAUGGAAGCACAGUCUUCCCCUGGCUUGCACAUGAGAAAAAGUGUAAGCAUUGCUGUGAGCACAGGUGCCAGCUUGUUUUGGAAUGCAGCAGGCAAUGAUCAAGAGCCCGAAUCUCAGCUGAGGCAAGAUGAUACCAAGAUUUCCAGUGAGGACAUGAAUUUUUCUGUUGAUAUUAAUAAUGAAGUUACAAGUCCGCCAGGUAGCGCGUCUUCAUUGAAAGCAGUUGAUAUUCCCAGCUUUGAAGAAAGCAACAUUGCUGUGGAAGAAUUUAAUCAACCACUUUCUGUAUCCAACUCUUCUCCAGGUGUGAGAAAAGAACCUGAUGUGCCUGUGUUCUUUCCGAAUUCCAUGCUGGCAGAAAAUGUAAGCAUGUGCUUACAGAGUGGACCAACAGAGGGUGCCAGUAACCACUCUGUAACAUCAGGGGAACCAAAAAUUGAGCAAGUAAUGCAACCCUUGCCUCAUCAACCUACAGAUAAUCAGAAAAUAUACCAGGAUUUAUUGAGUCAAGUGAACCACCUCCUGAAUAACUCCUCCAAAGAGACUGAGCAGCCAUCGACCAAAGCAGUAAUUAUCAGCCAUGAAUGCACCAGAACACAAAAUGUUUACCAUACAAAGAAAAAAAAAUGUGAUUCAGGUCUGGUAGACAAAGAUUGUGUUCUUAAUGCAACCCUUAAACAACUAAGAAGCCUUGGAGUAAAAAUUGAUUCUCCCACUAAGGUGAAUAAAAAUGCACAUAAAGUGGAUCACGCCAGUGUGUUGGCAUGCAUCAGCCCUGAAGCAGUGAUUUCUGGAUUAAACUACAUGUCAUUUGCUAAUGUUGGCAUGAGUGGCUUAAGCCCCAGCGGUGUGGAUUUGAGCAUGGAGGCAAAUGCUAUAGCUCUGAAGUACUUAAAUGAAAAUCAGCUGUCACAACUGUCUCUCACUCGAUCAAACCAAAAUAAUUGUGAUUCAUCUUUUAGCCUUCUACAUAUUAAUACAGAUAGAAGCACUGUGGGGCUUAGUUUAAUUUCACCAAACAACAUGUCAUUUGCAACCAAAAAAUACAUGAAGAGAUAUGGACUCAUACAAAGCAGUGACAACAGCGAAGAUGAAGAAGAGCCUCCAAACAAUACUGAGAGCAAGAGUGAACAUUUAUUGACUCAGAACCUUACAUCCACACCUGAACAACUUGACUGUCAGAAAGAGCCUUCUAGGAAUGCCUGUGAAAUCAUUAAUCGUUAUGACUGUGAAUCCGGGAGCACCCACACAGACACGCCAGUAUUGAGAAAUAUUACAAAUGAUGUUGUUCAGCCAAAAGCAACACAGCAAUUGGAUGAAAACCCAACUUUCUUACUAAAAAACCAUAAACCAAGUCCUGCAAUGAACCUCCGAACCGGAAAAGCAGAGUUUACCCAACAUCCUGAGAAAGAAAAUGAAAGGGACACCCCAAUUCUUCCCAAAGGUUUGAAACCUGAAACUUUAAAGCAAAUGAGUAGUAUGAAUUCAGUAGGCACCUUCUUAGAUGUAAAGCGGCUUAGACAGUUGCCAAAAUUAUUUUAAACCUUAAACUUGCCACCCUCCUGUUUCGAGGAUGGGGGUCUCUCUUAAAGAGGCUUAGGGAAGCCGGAGCCUUUGGUAGUUUGGGGGAUACCCUAAGCAUUCUAGGGGCCAAUCCGUUUCUUGGUAGCAGCUGACUGCAAAGAGCUGAACAGGUGACCCGAUGGUCAGUGAGAUGGUGCGAGCGUAAAGGAGGGAGAAGUGCUCUGUUCACAGAGAGCUGUUCAGCAUCCCUGCAGCCGUUGUUAAAACAAAUCCUGAGAUCACUUAUUUCGACAGAUAUAGGUAAACCAGUACUAUCCAACUCUGAAUCUGAACUGCUGUUUUAUACUGUAAAUUGUGAGAAGUAACUCCAUUUUCCUAGUGUGUUGCAUCUCUGCAUCUACCCAGUUUCACCUGAAAUAACGUAAAAUAAACUUAUCAUGACCCUGGCUAAAUUAGCUAAAUCGGCCCUUAUUGAAUUUAAGGGGAAGGUUUUAUUUUUAAAAAUAACUUUAAGAUCUUUUAUACAAUGAGUAUAUAUGUUCUCUUAAUUAAGAUCAUAUUUGUUAAAUUCUGUGGAGGUAAAUCUUUUACAGUCUGGUGGUUUGAUGUUAAUGUAACAUUUUCAGCUUAUAGCACUAGCUAUCACAAAAUAAGAAAAUUAUUGAGCAUGAGUUUUAUAAACUUUGAGUAUUUCAAGUGUUUUCAUAUUUUUUAAUAGAACUUAAUAAAAAUGUCUAGAUUUACUCUUUUCCUCUAUACCAUAUCCUUCUCCCCUUGUUAUUAAAAAACUUAUUUGACUUCCCAAAACUUACAAAAAUAAUAACACAGUUCAGGUAUACCCUUUACCCAGUGAUCCCCAAUUAUGGUAUCUUACAUAACUGUAGCAAAUGAUCAAAACCAAGAAAUUGAUAUUGGAUGUGAUAUUAGUAACUAAACCACAGGCCUUGCAGGUUUCACAGGUUUCUACUUGUACUCAUUUAUUCCCUUUUUGGUGUAAAAGUCUGUGAAAUUUUGUCGCUUAUUACAGAUUUGUAUACCUUCCACCGCAGUCAGCAUACAGAACUGUUCCAUCACCACAAAGAAACUCCCUAGUGCUGCGCCUUUAUAAUACAAUCCACCCCCGCCACAGCCCUACUCCCUGACAACCAGUGGUCUGUUCUCCAUCAUUAGAAUGUUGUCAUUUUGAGGACAUCAAUAUAAAUGGCAGCAUAGUGUACAACUUUUUGAAAUUGGUUUUUACUAAGCAUGAUGAGGUCCUUGAGAUCCACCCAAGAUGUUAGUGUUGCUUCCUUUUUUCUCCCACCUUCUUAAAAAUUAAGUUUUAAAUUUUUAUUUCUAAAUAUAAAUGGAAAAAGUCCUCAUUCACUUGAGAGAUAAAGCUCUUCUGCUGAAGUUAACUUAAGCUGUGGUUGCCUUGUAUCCAACUUUGACAUGUAAGCUGGAAAGAAGGGGACUUUGGAUCUCUAAAUACUUUCCAACUCAUCUGGGCCUUCUGAGCUAAUAAUCUGAUAGAACUGCUCAUAGUUUGUAAGCCAAAGUGUAGUGACCUGGUGGCUCUCUGCCGGUCCCCGCUGGAGCCCUGACCGGUUGCUGCCUGUUGCCCUGCAAUGUUGCUCUUUCCAGUGAAAAGUAAGACAUGGAAAUAGCAAGGACAAGAAGUCUAUGUCUUCCCUUUGUUUCCUUAGGUAGGCAUCAUUUGGCACUUUAGUUAUUUUAUUAAAUAGCAUAAAAACCCACUUAAAGGCUUCACUAGAGUCAACUUUUAAGAAACGGAAUUGUCAACGCCACUUCGCAUGUGCUAUACUUAACUCUAGCCCCCAGUACCUCACCCAAGAAGCCAGUGUGGGCACGAUUUAUACUGCACGUGAUUAAAAAACCUGAGAGAAUUCUAGUAAAUUAACUGACAGUCUCAUUAACUCUACCAUUAUCACUGGGAACCCUCUCAUUUUCACAGCAAAUAAGAAGCUCUCUGUCUUAACAAUAAAAACUGAACUUGAGGCUUUUUAGGCAAAAUCUAAUUCCAUCCCUUCUGUUAACCACAUCUGAUUUAAGGCCUAUGAUAAGACACUUAAGCAGUUUUGGAGACUGAAUUUAGACUGCAGAUGAAUUCAACGAAACGUGUCUCUUUCUACUACAUGCAUGUCUAGAGAAGAGGUGACCAUCACUGAAGCCUCCUUUGGAAAGUUUUCUAAGAAUGUUUUACUCUGGGAGCACCUAGGUGGCUCAGUCGGUUGAGCAUCAGACUCUUGAUUUCAGCUCGGGUUGUGAUCUUAGCCUCGUGAAGUCAAUCCCUGUGUGGGGCCUCGUGCUGGGUGUGGAGUCUGCUUGAGGUUCUCUCUCCUCCCUCUGCCUCCCUGCCACUGCCCACAUGCCCUCACACUCACACUUUCUCUCUCUCUCAAAAAAAAAAAAAAAAAAAGUAUACUGUGUGAAGUUAUUUGGUAAAUUCGUUGCUAUGGUAGCUUUCAGGCAUCUUUGAGCAAAGCAUGAGUACUGGAAAAAUUGGAUUAAAAGACUGGAUACGAUUGCCUCUCAAGUGGUAUUUGUCUGAAUAUUUUUCUUUCAUUCAGUCCCAUGGCAUACUGUUUAGAUACAUGGGUGCUAUUUCAAAUGGAAUAAGGAAAUGAUGGCGCUUCCAUUCCUCAGCUUCUGGAAAAUAAACCCACUCAUCUAGGUCCUGGCCAACUGGCCUCUCUGCUUUCACCAAACAUCCCCUCUCUGAACCUCUGAACCCUUUGCUGCCUCAUAACACUAUGCUCACUUGUCCUCUGCCUUACCCUUCCUGUGCUAACCUGCACAGAAGUAGAUACAGACAUAUUAGACAUAAACCUUGCCUUUUGCCAUCCGUGAAGACUAAGGAAAAGAGAUACACCCCGGAAAGAGUCAUACCACAGUAUGAGACAGGAGUGAUGGAGACUGGAAGGAUCACAGAAGCAUAAUCAUGACAGCUUCCAUCUUUUUAGACCCCCUGUGUUCACUGGGUGCUGUGCAGAGUACUCCACAUGCUUUGAUCGAUUCAUUUAAGCGUCCUUGCUGACCCCAGCUGAUGACUGUCAUUCUCACAGUUAAGGGAAUAGCCUGAGGGAGAUAAUUGACCUAAGUAAGUUGCUAGCAGAGAUGCAAGCUCAAGUACAAUCCCAGAGCCCAAGCUCUUACUAAGCCACUGAGAAAUACAACUUCUCUUAGGCCUGAGGAAUUCCGGAAGAGCUUCCUACAAGAAACAUGCUGAGCUGAAUGAAUGAUUUCAAGUACUGCAGUCAAUGCUGUUUUGAGUAUGUGUUGUCCUCCAAGCUGCCCUGCCUCUUUGGCCCCAAGAAGGAGUCCUCUGGCCCUUAAGCCAAGACCAAAAAUUUUCUACUCAACAGUCCUGAAGUAGACAACCCCAGCUCUGUCAAUGUUAAAGAGUUCACGUCAAUGAUUUUACAUCAUGGUAGUCAACUGAGUCUAUUCUUACGAGCUCCAGAAAAUUAGAGGAACAAAAGAAUUUUCUGUGCUUUUAUUUUCUAGAUGUUAUGAGGCCAGAACCUUUCCUACUUCCCUAGAUUAACUGAGA